CACUUUCUUCUUUGAAAUUAAUUCCAAAAAAUAUCUCUGUGAAAUUCCCCAAUCAUCAAUUCAAUUCCAACAAAACUGCAAUUCCCAUCACAGACAUGGCGAAUUGAUCGAUCAGAGUCGAUGUCGAUGCUUCUGAGAAAGGUAUGGGGAUCAGUCUCGAGCCGUUCGAGCUCCAACUCAUCGUCAUCGUCCGAUCGACCAACACAACAGCACCAGCUGCUGUGGGUUCAGUCCUCCGCUGGGGCAUUUGAUCGAAUACCUAAUGACAUAUUCAUGCAAAUCUUGAAGUUCGUCGGACCGAAAGAGGCGGCCAAACUGAGCGUGGUCUGCAAAUCAUGGAAGCUCAUCGUCUCCGACAAUCUGCUCUGGAUAUACUUCCUUCGGAACCUGCACGAGUCGUGGGACUCCGUCUUCUUCGCCGAAACUCAGUUGCGAUCUGGUUAUACUCUUCAAUCAUUUCCUAAUCAAAUGUCUCAGUUGUCAUUUAUGCAUAUCUAUGGUCAGCGAGUACAAGUCUCUGGUUCCGUCAUUAUCGACGGUGGUUCCGGUUAUUGCAAGUUUGGUUGGAGCAAAUACGCUUCUCCAUCUGGCCGCUCCGCAACAUUUUUGGAAUUUGGUAACAUCGAGAAUCCAAUGUACUCUAGACUUCGGCAUUUUUUUGCAACAAUUUAUAGCAGGAUGCAGGUGAAAACUUCUUCGCAGCCAAUUGUUGUGUCCAUUCCAAUCUGCCAUUAUGAUGAUACUGAAUCUGCCAAAGCAGCUAGAAGACAGCUAAAAGAAGCCAUCUACUCGGCUCUGUUUGACAUGAAUGUGCCUGCUGUUUGUGCCGUCAAUCAGGCAACUUUAGCUUUAUAUGCAGCAAGACAGACUUCAGGAAUUGUUGUUAAUAUUGGUUUUCACCAGACAUCAGUUGUUCCAAUUUUACAUGGUAAAGUAAUGCGCAAGGUUGGUGUGGAAGUCGUGGGGAUGGGAGCAUUGAAACUUACAGGAUUUCUUAGGGAGCUGAUGCAACAGAGAAAUAUAAAUUUUGGCUCGCUGUAUACUGUACGCACAUUGAAAGAGAACCUAUGUUAUGUUGCUCUUGAUUAUGAAUCUGAGCUAUGCAAAGAUACACAUAAAUCAUUUGAAGUUGCGGCAGAAGGUUGGUUUACUCUAUCAAAAGAACGUUUCCAAACAGGCGAGAUUCUAUUCCAGCCACGCAUUGCUGGAGUGCGUGCAAUGGGUUUGCAUCAGGCAGUGUCGCUUUGCAUGGACCAUUGCCAAGCUGCAGAAUUAACCGGUGAUGAUGAUUGGUUCAAGACCGUAGUUUUGGCUGGAGGGUCGGCUUGUUUGCCAGGACUUGCAGAAAGGCUAGAGAAGGAACUCCAAGGACAUCUUUACCCACCCAUUUCCAGUGGAAUAAGAGUCAUUCCUCCUCCUUAUGGUGCAGAUUCUGCAUGGUUUGGGGCAAAGCUUGUCAGCAAUUUGAGCACUUUCCCUAAUUCCUGGUGCAUAACAAAGAAGCAGUUCCGACAAAAGUCCAGACGCAGCCUAAUAUGGUGAAAGUGUCCCAACUCAUUUACCUAGUACUGUGAGAUUUUAAGAUAUUAGAUGUCAGGUGAUACUGUUACUUUGUUAUCUGAAAAUAGGGAAGCCGUUAUUCUUAAUUUUGAAGUAUGAGCAUAUAUAUAUAUCUUGUAAUUUGGUGGGUCACAAUGGCAAAGUAAUGUAUAUGCCAUGCAGAUGAAAUGUAAUAAUGUACAGCAUAAUGUUAUGUUUACGCGGCCACCAUUCACGUGGGAUUAAAUCAAGGAUGAUAAUAAUGAUACGGUGAUAUACUCAAAUUUGUAUGAAUAAGUUAAAUUUUACUGGGAUAUCAUUUAUUUUCUCAA